AUGGCAGGAACAAUCCUGCUCGACGAAACCGCGUUGGACAGGGCUCUGCAGAAACGAGGUGGUAAACCUCAGAAAUCGUACACACAUGAACCGUAUCUUAUUUCCACAGCACCGCUUUCUUCGAAACCAUCGUUUGACAAACUGUUGGAUGAAGGUGCUCUCAGUGAGGCACUUCGAGCAAAGGCUGAGCAAAGACGAUCAAGAGCAAGAUCUAUCUUUAGAAGUCCAUCAAGGAGCCAUCGAACGCUCCGAAGUCGGAGAAGCAGUCGUAAAUCAAAAUCCAGAAAUAACAGCAAGUCUGACAAGAGUUUGCUGAAGUCCUCAUCAUACAAGAGUCAAGGAAGCAGUACAUAUGCAGAAUCCACUGGCCAGACUGUCGCUACGAAAAGCUCACACAGUCAUGCUGAAAGUAUAGAGGCCACCAGUAACCACAGUAGCUCUGCUGCAUCACCAGAACGCGGAAGGACCUCACGUCAUGAGCGAGGCCGACCUUCUCUGCGGAGUAAAAGUGAGCCAAGCAGACAGCCCCAAGUGGUGCCCAUGUUCCAUGUACAUGCAGAUACAAGACAGCAACAACUAGAGCGGCUUUCUUUCUCUCAAUCUGUAGCCAGUGAGCCAGUUCGAUCAGCAGAAUAUGAUGAUAUAUCAGUCGAGAAACGAUCCUUUUUCAGACAGACUGUUGCUGCAGACUCGGUCAUGCAACCCGUCGAUUACAUCGAUUCUCCUCAUACAGAACAAUUGUUGGCGCCGAUGGGAGGGGCGGAGGUAGUGGAAAUGAUUGUAUCUCGUUUCCUUUUGACGGGACUGGAGAAACCAGAAGUGUCAGCAUACAUUGAUCAAUAUGACGAUGAUGUCGAGCAACUAGUCCACAAAAUUCAGGGAGAACUUGUAGCUUUGGGCAAUAUGGCAAUGACUGAUGAUAUGGAAGAGCUCGCUAGAUUAGUUCCUUUUCACUACCAGCUAAUGGUGGAUCGUUUCGAUAUGGAUCUGAUUGCGGAACUUUGGACGAAUGCUUACGAGCACGUCUGGAUGAACCAUGAUGUGGACGAUUCCCGUCAACUGGCUGGUCCUUCUCAUGCUGUAUUUAAUCUGAAUUUGAUAGUGAAACUGUAUCGUCGCCGCAUGCGAGCUAGGCGAUGGGACGACCUGAUGGUAAACGACGAAAAGCGCAUCGAAGAAUUGAAAGAACAAAGAAGAAGGAGGCGUUCGCAUUCGCAGGACAAGCGACGCCAGAGAAGAGGAAAAUCUGUUGACGCCAUCCUGUCUAAGUUCCGCGGUUCGUAA